AUGCACUCCCCCGUGUUCCAACUCGCCCUCAAGACCACGGCACUCGUAGUGCAGCCGUCUUUAGCUGCAUUCGUAGCCCUCGUUGGCGUCUUCAACGAGCGAGACGGCCGCGCGAGCCUCGAGGAGUACGAGAGGGCUUUCGCCGCGGUUAUCGUCGGCAACCGCGGCUCACUGGCGCCGCUCACAGAAUUGGUCGAGGCGUUGUCGACUUUUCGUUAA